AUGUCUUCAGAUUAUAUAUCUCGAAACGCGAAAAUACAAAUUUAUGAUAGCUUGCAUAAUUCUAAUAAUGAUUUUUGUAUCGGGCUUUGUGAAAAAUUAUGGAAUGAAUUAAUUAAAGAACCCGUAAAUGACGAGUCUGAUGCUAUAAGAGCGACUCUUAAGCCUCAUAUUUGUGUUUCUAUUACACCUUUGGAUCUAAAUUUGAAAAAUCCAAUUAGAACACAAAAACAAAGAUCAUUGAUUUCUUCAAUUAUUACAUACGCAAGAUUACAAUAUCCUGAUAAAUUUGAAGAAACACCUGAGGAUCAUGUUAUUUAUGUAUCAAAUGAUUUCGUAAAACAAAAUAAUUUGCGAGAUGUAAUCGAAGCAGAAGUUAGGAUGAUUGCUCCGAUUGAAUUGGAAGAAGUUAUCAUUGGUGCUUUGAAUACCGAGUCAUAUGAAAGCUUGAAAAAAGGUUUUGGAAAAGAUCCUUCCGCAAUAUCAACUUAUUUUUAUUCAUCAUUGCCUAUAAUAGUUAGACAAUCGCAAAUUUAUAAUCUUCGGCCAGUUUCUGAUCCUAAAGUUUUAAUUAAAUUCAAAGCACUAAUGUGCAAUCCGGUUUUACAAGGAAUUAUUGGAACUCAUACGGAUUUCAUUAUAACUGAUUUAUCACAAGAAGCUUUGGGUUAUGAUUUUGAAGAAAAAGAAACUGAUGUUAACCAUGGCAUUGAAUUUGAUUUUGAAGAUUUGUUAGAAGAACAAAAUAUUUUGAAUUUGAAAGAUGAUUAUAUGGAUACCCAAUUGGCUUUACUUGAGGUUAAUGGACAAGAUGUCGGAAAUGGAUAUGAAUCUAAUACAUCUACAACAUCUUCAGAUGAUGAAUGUUUAAGUACCAUGGUUUCUAUUUCAAGAAAAUCUAAUUUUACUCCUCAACUUUUAUCAUCUCCCUUUCCUGCUUUUUUAAUACAACCUAUACCAAAAGAAAGAGAGGAUCCUGAAUCAAGAGUUCUAAUUAGUAUAAGAGAUUUGGCCAAGUUGGGAAUUCAAAGUGGGAGUUGGGCAUUAGUAUCAGGACCCAUUAAUGAGAAAACUAGGUUAUGCAAAAUUUAUGCUAUCGAUAUUUCAUCAUCAUUCACAGAGUCAUCAUGUCCUCCUGCUUAUAUUUCCCCAUUACUUCAUUUCAAUCUUGGAUUUUCUAACGCUAAGAAUUUGACUUCUGAGCAGCUAUUCAUUCAACCAGCUAUUAGAAUACAAUCUCCGCCUCCCGUAGCCAAAUAUUUAGUUGUUGCUAGAAUAGCUUUUCCAAAUUGUAAUGAUAGAUUUAUCUAUAAUGCCAGCAUAUGUGGUUUAGAAAAAUGGUUUGAAGAGGCUGAUAGGAUCGUUAGUGAAGGAGAUAUUUUCUCUAUUCCAAUAGAUGAGGAGGCUGCUAGAUUAAGACCACAAAAAGUUGAGGGUGAUAUUGAUACAUCAGAUGACAUUAAAAUCGCUACCUCUCCACUAAAACCAACAACGGUUGUUCAUUUCAAAAUUACCGAGUUGAAACCUAAGAACAAAAAAAAAAUGAUGUUAUAUGGAUCUGGUAGAUUAGUGGACACUAAAUUAACUAGGAUUGAGCAAAUAGGGAUGGUGCAUUCAAAAGUUCCCAUAGUAAAACAAUAUUUUGGGAUUACUUCAAAAUUUUCCAAUCAAAAUUCGAUCUUAACAUCCCCUGGAACUCCUUAUGCUAAACUUUAUGAUCUCAUUUCAUCUUGUCUUCAUCCAAAUGCUGUCACUCUUAACCUUAGUUGUACAGUCCUUUUAAAUGGUCCUCGAGGUUGUGGAAAGAAAACAGCGGUUGAAUGGGUAGCAGAUUCAGUUGGUGUGCAUGUUUUUGAAGUGAAUUGUUUUGAUUUUGCGGGGGAGACCGAUGCGAAAACGGAAACAUCACUACGUAUGAGAUUAGAUAAGGCAGUAACAAGUUCCCCAUGUGUGUUCUUAUUACGACAUAUUGAUGCAUUGGUGAGAAAAAGUGCUGUUCUUGAGACUGGUCAAGAUCCAACCAUUUCAACUAUUUUGCAAGAUUGUUUCAAGCAACUUUUAAUAAAUUUUCAAAACAUUGGAUAUCCUGUGUUAGUUGUAGGAACAACAGGAGAUAUUGAAGAAGUUCCUGCGAGCGUAAUAGGAUGUUUUAGACAUGAAAUUGCUUUUGAAUCACCAUCGGAAGCUGCAAGAUUAGCCAUAUUAGAACAAUUAACAUCUGAUACACCUUUAGCUCCAGAUGUGUCAUUAUCACUUUUGGCAACACAGACCGCUGCACUCGUCGCAAAAGAUUUGGUUGAUUUGAUCGCGAGAGCCGGAUUGGCAUCACUUGAACGGGUUGAAAUUUCUUUAAAAAGGACAAAUAAACCUAUAAUAAAAGAUUUAGACAUUGUUCAUGCUGGAAUUGCAUUGACUGCUACGGAUUUUGAGAAUGCUCUUAACAAGGCGAGAGCAUCAUAUUCUGACAGUAUAGGAGCACCAAAAAUUCCUAACGUUACAUGGGAUGAUGUUGGAGGUCUUGCAGCCGUGAAGCAUGAUAUUUUAGAUACAAUUCAAUUACCUUUAGAACAUCCAGAAUUGUUUGCAACUGGAAUGAAAAAGAGAUCAGGAAUUUUACUUUAUGGACCACCCGGUACGGGAAAGACGCUUCUUGCUAAAGCAGUAGCGACUUCAUGUUCUUUAAACUUUUUUUCAGUUAAAGGACCAGAAUUACUUAAUAUGUACGUGGGUGAGUCUGAAGCUAAUGUACGACGAGUUUUUCAACGUGCCCGAGAUGCUAAACCAUGUGUCAUAUUCUUUGAUGAGUUGGAUUCAGUUGCACCUAAAAGAGGAGAACAAGGUGAUUCUGGUGGAGUAAUGGAUAGGAUUGUUAGUCAACUAUUAGCUGAAUUAGACGGAAUGGGUCAAGGAGGAGGUGCAGCAGAUGUGUUUGUAAUUGGCGCAACCAAUCGUCCGGAUUUAUUAGAUCCGGCACUACUAAGGCCUGGACGAUUUGAUAAGCUCCUUUAUCUUGGAGUGAGUCAAGAUCAUGAAACUCAACUUAAAAUCAUUCAAGCAUUAACAAGAAAGUUCCGUUUACAUCCUUCAUUGGACCUUCGCGCAGUUGCAGAAAAAUGUCCAUUCAAUUAUACAGGUGCAGAUUUUUAUGCACUUUGCUCAGAUGCGAUGUUAAAAGCAAUGUCAAGAACAGCCGAGGCUAUUGAAGCCAAAGUUGCUAAAAUAAAUGCCAAUCCUUCAACAAAUCUUCCAAAACCAAUAAAUUCACAAUAUUAUCUUAAUCAUCUUGCCAUACCCGAUGACAUACUUGUUGAAGUUAAUCAAAAUGAUUUCGAAAGAGCUUUAAUCGAAUUAAUACCCUCGGUUUCCGAAAAAGAAUUAGAACAUUAUAAGAUGGUUCAAAUGAGAUUCACUCAAGAAGAAGCGAAAAAAUUUGGAGGAAAUGAUGAGCAAAAGUCAUAUUCUAAUAGUAAGAUUAUUGACGAUGGUGUAAUUACCGAGUAUAAUGGUAAAAAGAAUGAUAAAAAGGGUAAAGACAAAAACUCGGCAGUAAUGUCAGCACCUGAGGAAAAAGACUUUAGCGUGGACCGCGCUACGCGACCUGAAAAGCCCGGUACCUUGGGUAAAGAGGUCAUGAUAAAGGCCAACUUCAUAGGUGUAACAAAAUUUAGUUAUCCCGAAGUGCAUUAUUAUUCUUUUGAAAUCGUUGACCAAAAGAAAAAAAAGGCGGGUAGAAAAGAUUCGGAUAGAGUAUUUCUACAAAUGAAAGUGACUAAAAAAUUUGGGACAAACACUUAUCCAACCUUUGACGGUGGUCAAGUAUAUUCACCAACCGAACUUGCAAUAGGUCACAGUAAAGAAACAAGGAGUUAUGAUAUUACAGUUCCCGUGGAAGCUGACGGCUCAGGACGUGAAAAAACUUUUAAAGUCGAAAUAAAACAUCAAGGAACGAUCGUCCUAACUUCCAUUGGAGAUUACGUUAAGGAUAAUUCAAAAACUCCUUGGGAUGGUAGUAUUCAAAGUAAUUUGACUGUUUUGAAUGCUUUCGCAAAUAAUAAAGUUCGAUCAGAGUACUUAUCGGUGGGAAAAAAGGCUAUAUUUCCACCAUCUCGCGAUAACAGACCAAUUUAUUUACCGGGAGGCAUUGAAAUGAAACAAGGAUUCUAUCAGUCAAUAAGACCUGGGUGGGGUAGACUUGUAAUAAAUGUGGAUAUUUGUGCUACCACUUUUUAUCCAGCGGUACCUGUAAUUGAUAUUAUACCCAAAAUCGUUAAACAUCCUCGCGACAGACACGAAAAAUCAAGGGAUGAUUUACGUCGCGGUCUUGAUCGAAAAGAAAUUGAUGUUCUGAACUGGUAUCUUAAAGGCGUCAUGAUGUUUGUUACCCACAGAUCAGAUAAUCGCAAACCAAAAUAUAAAGUUUCUUAUGUCGAUCAUCAACCAGCUGAUCUAGCUAAAUUCAGGCAAGGCAAUAAAGAGACCACGGUUGCAAAAUAUUUUAGAGAAAAUUAUGGACAAUCCUUGCAAUUUCCGCGGUUACCAUGUAUUGUCGUUGUUAAACCACAAGAUAAGUCAAAAUCAUAUUUUCCUAUUGAAGUUUGUGAAAUCUAUAAACAAAUGCCUGAUGAUGCUCGAAGAGAAAUGGUUCAAAGAACCGCCGUUAAACCAUGGGAUAGAUUUGAUCGUAUCGAGGGAGCUAUUAAAGGAAUCUUUAGACACAAUAACGACGAAAACUUGCGCUCGAUUGAUUUGGUUACAGAUCCCGAAUUUAUCAAGCUUAAAGCUCGCGUUCUCCCACCACCAAAACUAACGUCUAAUGGUGCGAAUAUUAAUCCACAGGGGGGACGUUGGGAUUUAAGAAGAUUUACUGACUGUCCUGAUAUCUAUAAUUGGUCGGUAAUGGUGUUUGAAAACAGAAGUUAUUUCCCUCCAGAAGUAGUAAGAAAUGCAAUGAAACAACUACGUAAUUCUUUGCACGAAAAAGGGUUGAAUGUCUCAACAGAUCCUUAUAUCGAAUAUGGCAGUCCACAUGGAGAUUAUGAAAAAUCGUUAGCGCUCGCUUACCAAAAAGCUCGGAUAAAAAAAGAUAGACCACCCCAGCUUAUUAUUUGUAUAAUUCAGAAAAAAGUUUUGGGAGCAUCAGGCAUUCACGCCCAAAUAAAACGUAUUUGUGGUACAAUACUUGGUGUGGUUUCGCAAUGUAUUGUUGCCAACAACAUGAAAGGUCCUAAUCCCAAUCGCUGGAGGCAAAUCUGUGGUAAUAUUUCUCUGAAAGUUAACGGAAAAUUGGGUGGUAAAAACUGUGUUUUGGCCGAAAGAGAACUCAAUUUUGGAACAAAUAAAUCGUAUAUGGUCUUUGGUGCUGAUGUAUUCCAUCCUGGUCGUGAAGAAAAAGGACGGCCAAGUGUUGCUGCAGUUUGCGCGUCAAUGGAUAAAUCUGUUACUAGAUACGUAGGCCGAUACAGCAUGAAUAGAAAAAUAAGAAAUGAAACCAUCGAGAAUCUCGAGGGGAUGGUGGCAGACUUGAUAAAGCAAUUUCAAAGAAGAAACGAUGUACUGCCUUUCCAAAUUGUGUUCUACCGUGACGGUGUCGCUGAAGGUCAAUUUGAGCACGUUCUCCAUGAGGAAGUUAAGGCACUAAAACGCGCCUUUGAUCGAAUUUACGGUGAAAAAGACGUAAAACCACAAUUAACAUUUAUUAUUGUGCAAAAACGUCAUCACGCACGGUAA